AUGGAUCGAUCGCAUUAUGUGGAGGCGGGGAGUUUGGAGUCAUCAUUUGUUCAAAUGAUCGACGAUCACAAUCGUGCGGCGAAUGAGCUGCGGGAACGAACUGAGAGAGCGAAAAAAGAAGCUCUUCGGAAUGCAAUACGUGUGGCAGAUCAGCUUAUGAAGGUCGUUGAUGGUGGUGUGCACAAUAUCUUCAUAAAUGAGAAGCGGAUCAAGGUGGAAAUUCAAGCAUUGUCAGCAACUAUCAUGCGUUUCUCAAAGCAGACUGAUCAGUGGCUCGCAGUGUCUCGUGCUAUCAACACCGCUGUCAAGGAAAUUGGAGAUUUUGAGAACUGGAUGAAGACAAUGGAGCUCGACUGUAAAAGCAUUAGUGCUGCUAUCUGUAACAUUCACCAAACAUGACCUUCAAUGCUGGAUCUCGUUGCAUCAAUGACUAUGACAAUUCCUGCCCCAUUCAUUGCUUCGUCACCGCCCCCCUGCAGCAACAAGCAUAUCCGAGAUCGGAAGGCGAUUCCCAAAAAUUGAUGAUCAAGUUGGAACAAAUACUAGUCAGCUGCAUUUUGGUUGUUCUCAGAGCAAGUUGUGCUUCUUCUCAAAGCCGGCUCAUUCAGUCCCCAAC